GUCCCUUCACGUACACCGUAGCUUUAAGAAACCGCAGUGCCGUCUGGGUAAUAUGUGGUAUAUGUUUUGAGCUAAGAGUUCGCAGAUGGUCGGCUCUUAUGACAUAUGAGCUUUAAAAUACUACUCGAAAAGCUUAAUUUAAAAUAUUUUAGUGAGCUUGAAAUGUUAACUUUCAUCUUUAUGAUGCAGGAAAUCCACAAAGGAGGAAUACGUGAUGGUUUUUUUUAAGCAUUUGAGUAGUUGUAAGAAUGCUACGUUGCUAAUUUAGCUUCGAAAACGGAACAAAAUAUCAACAAAAGCUGUUCUCAGAGUUUGAUACGACGACUUGUGAGAUGGAAUGAUUCUAUUUUUAAAGAACUGAUGUAUAAUUUUCACAUCUAUAUUCCCUUUUAGGCUUAUUAAGCCAGGAACAAGUACAGGCUUUGUUUCCAGUCGUAACGCUUUAUUGAUUGGUUGACUGGAAAGAUCUGGAAGUCGGUAAAAAUGGAUGAAAGUGCUGAAAAUAUGGACAACGACGACAUAGUUAUUAUAGUGGAGAACGAAGCAGAAAGUUUACCCGCCGAAGAGGAAAGGCUGAAACAACAAGGCACAUUCGGGCUCAUGGAUACCUGUCCUGUCUGCAAGUUGAGCUUCCACAACAGAGAGCCUAAACUCCUGCCAUGUCUCCAUUCGUUCUGCAAGAGGUGCCUUCCUCCCCCUUUCAGGAGUGCUGAACCGAGACGGGACUCACAAGGACAAGCCGACAACAACAAACCAUUGGGCGCCCUUCGAUGUCCAGUAUGCAGACAAGAAUGCUGGGAGAUGGACGUGCUGGACAAUUUCUUCGUCAAGGAUUCAGCUGAGGUACCGAGCAGCACGGUGGAGAAAACCAGUCAGGUGUGUAUGAGCUGCGAUGACAACACAGAGGCGACCGGUUACUGCGUGGAGUGCGUUGAGUUCCUGUGUGUGACUUGUGUCGAGGCACACCAGAGGGUCAGGUUCACGAGGGAUCACACCAUACGCCAGAAAGAGGAGAUGUCUCCAGAAGCAGUUGGUAUUACCACACAGAAGCCCGUAUUUUGUGACAUCCACAAGCAGGAAGCGCUAAAGUUGUUCUGCGAGACGUGUGACCGACUCACCUGUCGAGACUGUCAGCUGCUUAAGCACAAGGAUCACAAUUAUCAGUUUUUAGAGGAUGCGUACAGAAACCACAAGCAGUAUUUGGAGAACAUGACGCAGCAGUUGCAAGACAAAAGGAAAGCCAUCGAGGAUGUGUCGAACUGCAUCAACACUGGACUCCAGCAAGUAGAAGAAAACAAGAGGGCUGUAACAAACGAAAUCAAGAAGUCCAUCUGUAACCUCAUCAUGGAGAUCAACCGGAAAGGAAAGAUCCUCAUCAACCAGCUUGAGGCGCUGACCAAGGACCACGAGUCGAGUUUGAAAAAGCAGCAGGAGGACGUCAAAUCUCUGAGCAGACACCUGGACUACGUCAUCAACUUCACCAAAUGGGCCACAGCCAGCCACAGUGGAACAGCGCUCCUGUACUGCAAGAGGCUGAUCCUUUUUCAGAUCCAUUACCUGAUGAGAGCGAGCUGUAAUCCCUCCAUCGUCCCCCAGAGCUCUGUUCGGUUCCAGUGCCGCUCCGGUUUCUGGGCUACGAAUGUAGACCUCGGGUCUCUGGUAGUUGAAAGGGGACCAGGCCGGCCGCCCAUCACCAACCACCAGGCGGGUCCCAGACCAGAAGCACCCACAGGCACAGGAGGUCUGACAGCGGCACAGCAGAGACAGAGCACACUGGCUCAGCUCCAGAUGCAGGUUGACAAACUUUCCCAGCAUCCCCACAGGCAGCCCGGUCCCAACCACUGGUCCUGGUACCAGAACACCCAGCUCCCAGGACCUCCAGGACCUCCAGGCCCUCCACCUCCAACCAGACCCAUCCACGGUGGAUCCUCCCCCUCGCAAGGCCCGCCCAACAUGGUGCAGCCAGGACGCAGAUACGGCAACUCUAACCCCAACCCCAACCCUAGAAGCCCCACGUCAUCCAUGAUUCACAACACAAGAUUCCCGUCUGCUCAGUCUCUGAGAGAAUUGAUCCAUAGCUCCAGCUUCCCCCCUAAACCCGUGGAUAUGUUACAGGGUACGUCCCGCUACCCUCAGCCCCUGACCGCUGGAGCCGCCACGCAGACAUCAAUACUUCAGCGGGGCCCCGUGGAGUCGUUUUACAUGAAGAGGACUGAGCCAAGUGGAACAGUGCCCUCCAUCACCAUCUCUAUUCCCAAACCCAGCUUGGUGCCAAGUUUAACUUCAGCUACUGCAGACAAACCAAGCACGCUUAAUCACAUAUCAGUUCAAGCAAGGCAGAACUCCCCGAUGGCCAAGCCCUCAUCAUCAGACAGAGGCACGGGGGCACCCUCCUGGAAGCCUACAUUUGAGCCCCCAUCUGCCCCCUCAGCCAAGCGGCGAAGAAGGUCGUCCCCCGGGCCCAUAAUCGUCAUCAAGGACGAACCAGAGGACGAGGAUGAAGUCCGUUUUGUGCAGUCCAGCGUCAAGUCCAGCUUGCCCGACAGCAGCACCGGGGCUCAAUCGAAGCCUCGGCAGCUAAUAAAGGUUCCCGCCCCGCUCACUGCCCCUGCUUCUGAGUCCAACUCUGGGAAGGAGCAGCGCCCCCUGCCUGCAGCGCAGCCUGAGUCUGAAAAGAGCGCGGCGCCAGAGGAGGAUCCUAACGAGGACUGGUGCGCCGUCUGUCAGAACGGAGGGGAGCUGCUCUGCUGCGACAAGUGUCCCAAAGUUUUUCACCUGGCCUGCCACAUCCCCACUCUGAACGAGUCCCCCAGCGGCGAGUGGUUCUGCUCAUUCUGCAGAGAUGUCAUCUCUCCUGAGAUGCAGUACGACUGUGAAAGCAAAGACGACUCCCAUAAAGGCUUCCCAGCAGCUGAAAGAAGGCGGUGUGAGAGGCUCCUACUGCGCCUGUUCUGCAAUGACUUCAGCACUGACUUCCAGCAACCUGCUUCUCCAUCGGAGACAAAGAGGUACAAAGAGCUGAUCAAGACGCCGAUGGAUUUGUCCAUAGUGAAGAAGAAGCUGGAGUGGAAGUCGAAGGAUGGUGAAUGUUACAGCAGCCCUGAGGACUUUGUCACAGACGUCCGGCUUAUAUUUAACAACUGUGCAAAGUACUACAAGGGGACCUCAGAAGUGGGAAGUGCAGGCUUAUACUUGGAAGACUAUUUUGAGGAUCAGCUGAAACAAGUCUACCCAGACAAACUAUUCCCUGGCGGAAGGGAGGAGCAGAUGAUCCCUCCUUUAGAGGAUGAGAUCGAAGAUGAAGAGGAUGAAAUGAUGGAGGAAGGUAUGGCCCCCGUUGAAGACGAUAAACCGCAAAGUCCUGCAGGAGAAGGAAUCCCCCCUGUGGAGGAAGACCUACCUCCAUUGGAAGAAUCAACCUCAGCGCCGCUGGAGAGCGAAACACCAGCAACGGAGGAGAAGGAGGAAACUGAUGAGACUACAAAAGAGAUGGACACACAGGCAGAUGUUACGGAUGUAGCUGUGCCUCCAGUAGAAGAAGUAGAGCAGGAGGAGAAAAGUCCUGAGCAAGAGGGGGAAAGUCCUCCUGCUGCUGAAAGUGAAACAAAGGAUGGAGAAGCUCCAAGCUCCCCAAAAGAGGAGAUCCCUCAGCUACCCUCUGACAAGACUGAAGAUCCCCCUGUGGAUCCCCCUGCAGAUCCCCCUGCAGAUCCCCCUGCAGAUCCCCCUGCAGCUCUUCCUGCAGCUCAACCUGAAGCUUCUCCUGCAGAUCCACCUGAAGCUUCUCCUGCAGAUCCACCUGAAGCUUCUCCUGCAGAUCCACCUGAAGCUUCUCCUGCAGAUCCACCUGAAGCUUCUCCUGCAGAUCCACCUGAAGGCCAGGAGGAGGAGUCAGCUUCUGCAGAGAUAGCCAAAGAGAAGGAGGGAUAGAUAGACAACUACAAGCAGAAACUGUAGAAAUGAUGGAUGAUUUUUUUUUGUCUUCCACUCAAGCGGCUCCAGUGGGGCUCUACAUUUGCUGCAAUCAGACAAAUUUUUAAGGUUAUAUUUGCAAUAGAGAAAAAAGGGUACUGCUUUACUAAAUAGUCUUAUUUAGCAGUGUUGAAGCUGUAGCUGCACUAUGAGCGGAGCCCCUGAGCGCUCGAUGGACUGAGGUUACUUUUUAACUGUAACAUAGCAGAUUAUUUUCUGUGAUGACGACACCCAAAAGCACACAAGAGACAUUGUUUGUUGAUAGGAUGAUGGGUAAGUCAUCUUUUAUCCUGCUUAUCACUUGUUCAUAUGAUGCCAUGAAAAGAAGGCACACGUGCUGCAAGAGAAUAAGAAGAAAACAGACUUUGGAUAAGCAAUGCAUGUAAGAUGUGCUGAUAUAAAUGAUCAUUUUUGUGUUUUCAGACUUCUGCUCGUCAUAAAGAUCAUACACAAGUGUUUCAUCUGAUGGCUUCUUAUGGAGGGAUGUUGACUCAAUGCUAGGAAUGCAAUAAAUGAGGACUGUUUUGCACUGAAGGGCAACAUGUAUCAGACAUGCAUUGUUUCUAAUAACAGCCUUGCAUUUUUUUUUUUAAGUUCAGAGUUGUUUUAGAGCAAAAAAUGUCAGAUAUGUUGCCAGUUUGAGGCCUCUUUAUCCCCCCCCCCCCCCCCCCCCCCCUCCCAACAAUGCUUUAUCAUAGAGCAGCCUUUGUUUGUGUCUAAUCUGUUAUCACUGAGAGAUAACUCAGAGACAUGAUCAUCACCUUCUCAUCAUCGGCCUCAGACAACAGUGUUUUCCAGAUUGUGUCCUUGCCUCACUGCAGUGUGAUUACUUUACAUGACAGCCCCUAGAUGUGAUACCCGGUCUGUCGGAGACCUCUGUUUCCUGAACACUCCUGUAUGGACUUAAACUUGCUUGAGGUGAAAGAGCUGUCACUCUAACCUCAGUAUAUAUACAUCAUUUUUGUUCAAUGUCAUUGUUUUUAUUAUUUAUUGAGGAUAAGAAGGUCCUGUACAUGAGUUCGACCAUUAUAUUGAAAUUAGAAAAACCUGUAUUUACAAUAUUUGUAAUAAACAGGGUAAUACAUAGAUCUUA